UUGAGGGGGGGCGGCGAUGCAACGGCAGUUGUCGAAGCCACGCAGAAGAGGCACCGAGAGUGAGAGAGACACAAGCAGAGGAUCCGUGGACGAAAAAAAAAAAAAAAAAGCCCACUCGCGUUAGUGGCACCGGCCGAGCUCUUCGCACUCGGAUUGUGGCCACAAAUAGACUCCUUCCCAUGCGGGUAUUUUGCGUGACGAGAACCGCUAAGCGUCGAGGAAGAGAGGAAAACUGGAUGCACCCUGUGUUCAGACUGGAUUAUUUUUUAACCUAUAAUUCCCAAUACAAUAAGGAGGCAAAUUAGCUGACAGGUUCCAGGAGCGGGCGCUGUCUGCUUCCCCAACUUGGACUCAAUGGCUGCCACUGUUGCCUAUUGAUACACUACAAUGUCCAAUACCCUCUUGCUUGAGAUUUGAACAGGUUCCAUUAUUGAACUACAUUUGGUUCCUGUAGUCAGCGUCUUCAUGGAGGGGUUUCCUGUCCACUGACUGUAGGCAAACUGUGGAUCAGCAGCCAUGUCUGCCUGCAGCACAUUCACUGAGCAUGUGUGGAAACCAGGCGAGUGCAAGAACUGCUUUAAGCCAAAGAGUCUUCACUACACUCUGAGUGGUGGGGUCAAGCCUCGGUCUGAGCACAGACUUCCAACAUCUCAACAACAGAACCCACCCCAUGCUGGGACCAGAGCCAACUCAAACCUGGCCAAUAACUCCCAGAGGGCUGGCAGUGGGACUGCCCGCUCAAGUCACUUCCGUCCACCAGUGGCAAAGAAACCAACCAUAGCUGUUAAGCCCACUAUGAUGCUGCCAUGUUCUUCAUUAGGAUCAGGUUCAAAUGGCAAUAUCCAGAGUCCAACAAAUGUCCUGGAGCCAGCCAAAACUUCAGCUUUUAUGGUUUGGAAUCGCAAUGGAGUGAACUGUAAGAGGACCAACAGUACAAAUAAUAACAACGAAGGAGAGGAUGGCAUUGACGAAAAUCAGGGUUAUGAGCAACUUAGUCCAAGGACCCCGAGUGGCAAUAACAACAACAGUGGACUGACUGAUGUGUUAAAAGAGAUUGCUGGGUUAGGCCCUGGUCCUAGCCUAACACCUGUCUCUAAAGACUUAUUUUGGGGCCGGAUCAGUAGCUCAUACCAAAGGUCAUUAGAAAGAGGCCUUCCAGCUACGAGCUGUUUGGCUAUGGAAAGUUGCCUUGGUGGUGGUGGUGGUGGUGGUGGUGGUAGUACUAGUCAAAAACUGGUAUCACUCAGUGAUAGCACAGAGAUAAUCAGCACAGAAGGUGGUCGCUUUUGCUACCCUGAAUUUUCAAGUGAAGGGGAAGAUGAUGAUGAUGAGGAGGAGGAGGAGGAGGAGGAAGAAGAGUCUGAUAGAGAUGACGAGCACGAAAGCUGGGAUGAAAGUGAUGAAGAGUUACUUGCGAUGGAGAUCCGUAUGAGAGGCCAGCCACGAUUUGCAAAUUUCCGUGCUGCCACCUUGUCUCCGGUGCCCUUUGCUGCAAGCAAAAAGUGGAAUACUGUUCCACUGCGUAAUCGUUCUUUACAACGGAUUUGUGCAGUGGACUACGAUGAUAGUUACGAUGAAAUUUUGAAUGGUUAUCCCUCCAUGGAUUCCACUGGAGUUAUUCCACAUUACGGACCUCAUGACUGCCAAGGUAGUGGUUUCCUCACAAAUUCAGAGUCCACAAUUUCUCCGGGAUCAUCUUCAUCUAUUCCAGAAGAUUCUCAGACUGCAUCCAGCAGUGAGAGCAGUGUGUCGUGUGCUCAUCGAAAUGGAUUGCAAUGCCCCGCAUCUGUCAAAUCCCCUAUUCCCUGCUCUUCUCCUGUGAAAAAAGAGCCUGCUAACAGAGCACUGAGUCCUGUCAAGGUUACGGAAACGCACAAGGCUGUUCUGGCUAUCAGAUUGGAUGAUCAGGAUCAGUCAGUGUCAAUGCCCCAGGCCCUUCCAGGCCAACCAGUUACUAUCAGUUUUAGUCCCACAGAGGAGCAGGCGAAACCAUACCGUGUUGUAAAUUUGGAAAAAUCGCUCAUUUGUAAACCUUACACUGUCGUGGAUGUGUCAGCUUCCAUGGCCAGCAAAGAUGAACAUUUAGCAGAUUCAACCCCAAAGCACAAAAAACAGCCAAUGCCCUCCAGCCCAACAUCAUUUUGUAGCAGUCCUGUGGGUCAACCACUGUCUCCAACGUCAUCUGUGUGGCCAACCUCACCCACAUCUAUUGUCCGUUCAAAUGCUUCGCGAAAGAAAUUAGGAUGCAUGCGUUACCAAGAAGUAUGGACUUCAAGCACAAGUCCUCGUCAAAAGAUCCCCAAAGUUGAUUUGGGGAAUGGGAGCACCGCAGGCCAGUCUAUACCUUUUCAACCCUUCAGCCACAAAUCAGCUCCUACGUCUCCGGUUUCUGGGCUGUCUUCAUCCCGAACUGUACCUGUGAAAUCCCCCAAUUUAUCAGAGAUUAAGUUCAACAGUUUCAACAAUGCAGGCAUGCCUCCUUUCCCCAUUAUUAUCCGAGAUGAGCCAGCAUAUGCUCGCAGCUCCAAGAAUGCUGUUAAGGUACCAAUAGUUAUAAAUCCAAGUGCUUAUGACAAUUUAGCUGUGUACAAGAGCUUCUUGGGACUCCACGGGGAGUUGACACAGGCGAAAGGGGUUGGGAGUCGGGUGACCAGCCAUACCUACGAAGAGAUUGGGUCCUCAGAGAGUGUCCAGUCGACCUCAACAGACAAAACCCUCUCUGGCAGAGGCACAUCUGAGAGAGCAUCUUUGGAGGAAACAAAAGCUUCAUUUGAAGCACCAAUAAAAGCACCCAAUUUACAACCUGGAACCACUACAGACCCGAGCACUGUGUUGAGCUCUCCAGUUGGGGCUAGUUCACCCACUGAAUCAACAAAAUCUAUCCUCUUUCUAUCUGAAAACCCACCUAAAAGUAGCCCUUCUGCAAAUAUGGUAACACGCAAUUUUAGUAAUGACAAGCUUAUUGAACAGUCUUCCUCUUCAGGGGCAGGAUUCAACCUUUCAAAGGACGCCAGUGUUGUUCUCUCACAGAUUGUGGCCUCUAUCCAACCUCCCCAGUCUCCUCUAGAGUCACCCUCGGUCCAUGACAAAACCUUCAGUUCUGAGGAACUUUAUGCUGUUCCACCUGAUGCCAUGAAGGAGACCCUCACACGACCAAAGUCACUAUUUUCUGCAAAUGAUGGAAGUGUUUCCAAGCCUAUAAAAGACACCCUCUCAAAAGUUUUGUCUAAAUCUCAGAGUGCCUCUGCUGCCAUACCCAUCUCCACAAGCCGGUCAGAGCCUAAUGCCCCUUUCCCCCCUCCCAGGUCUACAUCUUCCCCUUAUCAUGCUUCAAACAUCCUCCAGAGACAUUUUAGCAACUGGGCAAAGAGCUCUGCUUCCAGUUCCCCUUUGCGCUCCAGUGAAGGUGAAACUCGUCUGAAUGGAGAAGGGAGGCGUAAUCAAACGGAGAGCUCAAAACCCAAACGAUGGAUCUCAUUUAAGAGUUUUUUCCGUCGGCGGAAAGAUGAGGAUGAGCAGAGAGAGAAGACAGAAAGAGAUAAGGAAAAGGGCAAGUUGGUUGGGCUGGACGGAACUGUAAUUCACAUGCUUCCACCGCCACCGAUUCAGCAGCGACACUGGUUCUCUGAGGCAAAACCAGAGGAUCCCACUCAGAAACCGACGAUUGUUUUUACCUACAAAAUGGAAAGUGGUAGCACCGCAAGUGGAGAAGGAGAACUACAAGUAGAAGAAUGUAAGGAGACUGCACUACUGACACCCUGCGACGGUGAGGAGUCCAGACCUUUGAGCCCAGGGAGACAACCACCAACAUCGGAGGUCACUGAAGUUGCGCCUGUCAGCAACAUAAGCCAGGUACCAGUCAGUGCCAACAAUGCGACAGCUCGUGAACUGCCCAGCAUUACCCCCCUCCCCGCCAGAGUGAAUCUGGGGCUGGUGCUUGGGGAGGGCAAAGAGGCCCGCGCCAACCAGGCUGCUUCGGCCACCGAGCGCAGCGCCAGCCUCGGGGAGCCAGAGGAUGACGGGAAUCAGUCUCAUCACUCACACUCGCCCGCCUCCAGCCAGUGCAGUGCCACCUACAGUAACCUCGGUCAAUCUAGAGCCAACAUGAUCCCACUGAAACAACCACGAAACAUAAAGGCGUCUAACGAUACACUGGCGUCCAUCGAUCUUGAGGGACUUGCCGAGCAACCGGUACCCAAGUCCACUCCGCCUCCCCUGCCGAAAAAGGCGGUCCCUCGCUCCAUCACAGAGCCCAGCCUAGGCGCCAAGGAACCCCUCCAGGGAACCUUUAGACCUAGGGCAGAGGCCAAACCUGGCGGCACCAACCUGAGUGUUGCCAACCCUCUUUAUGACUUGGACACCACUUGGGAGACGGCGAGUCAGAGCUCCUCGAUCAGUACCCAUGAUCAGGAGAGCGGUGACUCCCUGGAGCGGCCAUCUGUCGCCAUAAGUAAAGCCCGCCCAGCUAACAGCAUGUCUUCGUUGAUGUCACAACCGAGUGCUGCAGCUGCCGUCUCCAAAGAGAGAAAAGUCUACCCGAGCACUGAAUCUCUCACUGGGAAGAAUCGCAAAACGGGACAAGGUGGUGCCCCUACCAAACAUUCAAGGCCUGCGCUUUACCGGGGUCUGGACAGCUGGGAUGAGGUGGUGGGCAGGAUCAGGGGCCUCCACACGGACACACUACGGAAGCUGACGUCCAAGUGCGAGGAUCGUUUCAUGGCUGGCCAAAAGGAUCACUUGAGAUUCGAAACUGACAGCUGGUCCAACUUCAGGCUGACCACUGGGAAACCUUGCUGCGAGGCCGGGGACGCCGUCUACUACACCGCUUCGUACGCCAAGGACCCGCUGGUCAACUACGCCAUCAAGAUCUGCCGAAGCAAAGUCAAGGAGACCCGGCAGCAGUUCUUUCACAGUCUGGCCGUCAGGCAGAGCCUGGCUUUGCACUUCAACAUUCAGCAGGACUGUGGACAUUUCCUGGCUGACGUCCCCAGCAGCAUGCUCCCAGGAGAAGAGGAGGAAGAAGAAGAAGAGCAGGAGGAAGGGGAUGAGAAGGUGGAAAGAGAUGGGUUGAAAGAAAGAGAAGUUAAAUCAGAAGCCAAGUCGACAGAGUCCAGACAUCCAAAUGGUGAGUUAGAUGAGACCUCGGCCGGCGUUGAUAUGAGCGGUGCGGGCCGCUUGAGGAGCCGGGUGGUGGUCAUCACGCGGGAGGUGCCUUUCCAGACGGUGGCCAACUUCGUCCACCAAGGUGUGUCCCGGCACGUCCAAAACCCAGACCUGUAUGAGCGUCAGGUGUGCCUCCUGCUGCUCCAGCUCUGCUCGGGCCUGGAGCACAUGAAGCCUCAUCACGUGACGCACUGCGACCUGCGUCUAGAGAACCUGCUCCUGGUUCAUUGCCAACCCAGCAAAGCUGGAACCGCGGACGCCGUCGAGCCCAACAACAACAGCGGCUGCAAAUCUGCCAGUGCCGCCGUCGCCAACUCCCCCUGCCCUGCCCGCCUCAUCAUCAGCAACUUCUCCCAAGCUAAGCAGAAGAGCGCUCUCAUGACCACCGACCCCGGGGCCCUGCGGGACCACUCUCGAUUGGCCCCGGAAAUUAUCACAGCCACUCAAUUCCGAAAGUGCGACGAGUUCCAGACUGGGAUUCUCAUCUAUGAGAUGCUACACCGGCCGAACCCCUUCGAGGAGACUCCGGAUCUGAAGGAGCGAGAGUACACCUGGGCGGACCUGCCGCCCCUACCGGUCCGAUCGCUGUACUCGCAGGGCCUGCAGCAGCUGGCACGGUUACUGCUCACAGUCAACCCAUCAGAAAGGAUCCGCAUAUCCGAGGCUCGGGCCUGCCUGCAGUGCCUGCUCUGGGGACCCCGCGAGGACUUGUUCCAGGCUCUGGGCUGCGGCAGCACCUCGGGCUCCAUGUCGUCGGCCACCUCCAGCCAGCGCCAGGCGACCCUCCAGAACUGGCUGGACCUGAAGCGCACGCUAAUGAUGAUCAAGUUCGCGGAGCGCUCCAUGGACUCAGCUUGUGGCGUAAGCUUGGAGGACUGGCUCUGCUGCCAGUAUUUGGCCUUUGCUUCCACGGAGAGCCUGAGCCGAGUGGUGCACAUCCUGCAGCAGCUGCAGCCGCAUCCCCCAUCCCAGAAGCAGAACCAGUCUGUCCCCGCCGGGCAUGACCAUACUCACUUAACGCACACCUUUCACCGAACUCAGUCGCAGCCACUCUGAGCUUCACUACUGGGUGGUUGCCAGGGCAAUAACUUCCCCCCUUGUGUGGUCCCCACAUUGAUGCUAAUGUUUAGUGUGAGCUAUGAGCAUCAUUAGUGCUUAAUGUGUAUAUGGGUAAAAUUUUGCAGAUUCAACAUCAACAGCAGGAUGAUUUUAUAUUAAAUGAACACAACAGCUCCCCAACAUUUCCACAAUGCUAUAAAAACUAAUCGAAUAAGAUUUGGGUCAUUGACAAUGAAGUGGCAGGCUUUAGACAGUUCAAAAGUAUUCAGACGAUGACCGUUUGCUAUUAUACGCUGCCGAAAUAAGUGCAGGUUUUGAGCUUAAAAAUUAAGAGGUUUCACAAAAAUAUGGCCUUUACCAUUUCUUCUACAAUAACUUCCUUUUCUCAACUGGACAAAACUGUCAUAUCUCGAUUGCAUCAAAUACAUUGGGUGGGUAGAGCUUGCAUGGCACCUUUCUCCAGGGUAUACAUCUUGAGCUAACAGGUUUUUUACCUUUUAAUUUGAAGAAAAUUGUCUGGUUAGAAAAUUGCCAGGAUUACUGAAAAACAUUUGCCUACUGAAUAAUAUAAUUGUGGACUACAUAGUUCUAUUUCAAGAGAGAUGGAUGAGGAGUGACUAUUUGACAUGAAGGCAUAUGGUAAUAAAAUGAAAAAUAUAAUCCAUCUUUUGUAGGUGUUGAGGAAGCCAAAGACCUGCCACAAAUUGUCCAUUUAAACACAGUGACAGAAGGCAUUAUGAGACUGAGGUUUACGAUCUAGUCCGAGACGAGCCAGUGAUUUAUUAGCGACGUGAAGCUUUUGUUUUAGUGCUUUUUUAAAAGGUCGACGCAAGUAAAUCCUCACUGUUGAUGUAACAUAUUUUGACACAUUUGUGCAGGUGAUUGACAGUUUUCAAAGCUCAUAUACUCAGUUGUUGUAGUAAAAAAAUGGGACAUAACUGCCCUAGCUGUUGUUUUUGGCUUCUUGUCGCAGAUUCUUCAGAUUCGUACAAUAGUUCUGUGGCACAUAAUCCGAGAAUUCUCACUGUGGACAAACAAAAGGGAUUUUUCCUGGACUAGACUGCAAAAAUUGUUUUGGGAAAGGUUUGGCAGCAUUGGCGCUGAGCCGUUGGUGCUUUGAUGUUACACCGAAUGAGCUUGGAAUUUAAUAAGCGGCAUGUAGAAUGUAAAGAAAUGCCGGACUGAUGUUCGGACAUUUCAACCGAUGAACCACUUUGUCUCGACCGCGCAGACUUGUUUCCAUUCCACACUGCCUCAUUUGCCGUCCUCAUGCAACAUGGAGGCCUGAUCCCGCGUUGAAGUAUGGCGCUCAUACAUGCCCACUGACUGUGGGUGGAGAACCUUACGGGCCUUGGACCAUAUAGCAUUUGAUCUGGCCUGCCAGGCAAUUAUAAUAGAACUAAAAAAAGUAACUUUUAUAAAAAGCCCCAAAACACUAAACCCAGGAUUCCUCAUAUUAUAUAAUCAACAUCUGAUUUUUUUUUUUUUUUUUUUUUUUUUCUCCAUGACCCUCAGAGGACUUCUCCACCACUGACUUUGCGUAAACUCUCCAGUGAAUGCACAUGGGUUCACUUGUGGUCAGCAUGCCUUUUAUUCAACUCGACUCAUUGUAUUUUUUGCACAUAAAAAAGUCAUCUGACAUCAAAACUGACAUGAACAAAACACUUCGUUUUCUAUAUUAUUUUGCUUGGUUUUCUUUUUGGGAAAAACUAUUUUCAUAAGGGAAAAUGUUACUUUUACUGAAUGGAUGGAUGGGGGGGGAAAGCAACAGACAAAGCAGGUGUGUAAAGGAUUUGUAUACUGAAUAAUGUCUGGAGAGCACUGGUGGCUAUCCUUGUAUCUAGAGAUUUAAACGUAAAUAUAUAUAUAUAAUCUAUUUUAAUCCACAAUCUGCUAUUUUGUUUAGCACCUAAAUAACAUUUUAACCUUUGGUGAAACUUGACUUUCUUCGGCCUUGACUGGGGGAGGACGAGGCGAGUAAGAUCACUGUUGUAAGAUGAAAGCCCAUUCAAAUAGUGGCUCUACAAAGUGAACACACCUCUGUUAAAAUAUGUGUUUCUGAUGUAGAAAAAAAAAAUUGUUUCUAAGCAAUUAUUUUAAUUAAUGUGACAUCAAAUGCAUUAGUCAAUUAAAAAACGUACAUCUGAAAGAAGCA